AUGUUGAACGCGAACGAUGAGUGUAUCAACUUCACCGAAGACGAAGCCGAAAAACUUACAGUAUUAGAUAGCAUUAUUGCUCAGACCGUAUAUAAGUUGGAACAGGCUCGUGCUGCUGAAGAACAGAAGGUGCUCAUCAAGUUGGAAGCUGAAGAGGACUCAACAUCAGUAACAGAAAUUCGCCUUCGAAUAUACAAUAAAUACGUCGCGUCCUUGGAAAAACGAAUCGAUCCGCGGAUUUAUCUUUAUCUGGGACACUAUCAACUACUUCUUAAUUUUUACGAUGAUGCCUUGUCUGCAUACCUAAAGUAUGAAUCCCUCGCUGACGAUAAGGCAAAACAAGACGUCACUUUUCUCUAUGGUCUGGCAUUAUGCUGUUUUCACUUUAACGCAUUUAACCGAAAAGAAUUGGACAAAAGUAUUAGAAAUUUUCGACAAGCACUUGCAGAUACUAGUCCCGGUACCUGGGGACCCCUUGAAAUUCGCUUUCAAAUUGGCCAUCUGUUGGAAGUCUGCGGGAAAUCCAAACCAGCAAAAGCGGCAUAUGAGCAAAUCCUCGAGGCUGCAAAGUCGGAAAAUUCUGUUGUAGUUCGUCAUCUCUGUCUACGGCAGCUAGCGUGGUUAUACCAGACGGGUUCAACCUCUCCAAAACCGCCAGGACAGAAUGAAGACAAUACUUCAGAUCGGGAUCUUGCUGUUCAGCUUCUCCAACAAGCACUAGAACUGGAUAGUUCCAACGGCAAAACUUGGUACCUUCUAGGUCGUUGCCAGGCCGCUGUGAAUCGUGUCCAAGAAGCCUUUAGUGCAUAUCGCAGCUCAAUCGACAAAACGGAGGCCAGUGCAGACACCUGGUGCUCCAUCGGCGUCUUAUAUCAGGAGCAGAAUCAGCCCAUGGACGCCCUACAGGCGUAUUUUUGUGCCGUGCAGUUGGACAAAUGCCACGUAACUGCUUGGGUGAAUUUGGGAACUCUGUACGAGAGCAUGCAUCAGUACAAAGAGGCCUUGAAAUGCUACAGCAAUGCCGUAAACGCAGACAAGCAAAAUCAGGUACGUAUUACCUGA